AUGGCUUUAGCUCCUCCAAAUGAUGGAGAGAGACUGGAAUUUGACGAUGAAGAAGUCGAGCGAGAGGAGUUUCAACUCGAUGAACUAUUGCGCGAAUUUCAAAACGAGCCGUCGAUUCAGCACCGCCAGUUGCCUGAGACUGAUGACGAAGCAGAAGAUGAUGGCGAAGCUAGAGCUGAAGCAGGCGGUGAAGGUCGAGAGAGAAUGGUCACGAGAAUAAGUCGUGGUGAUGGGCAUUUGUACAAAGACCAGACUUUCUUCAACGGAGUAGCUUUCAAAGAGAGUGUCCUCGACUACGCCCUUAGAACAAGGUGGAAUAUCAGCCAAUACAGGUACGAUAAGGAUAAGAUUGGAUUUGAAUGUGCUGGUAGAGGUUUGAACGAUUCAGAGUGUAAGUGGCAAAUUUAUGCCUCGAUUCUUCCAAAAGAUAAAAUUUGGAAAGUUAGGAAGUUUGUAGAGACGCAUACAUGUCAAAAGACUGGACAUGUUGAGUUGGUUAAAGUCCCUGUGAUAGCUAGGUUGUUUAAGGAGAAGAUUCGUAGAGAACCUGAAUACUAUAUGCCUAUGAAGAUUGAAGAAUUGGUUAUGUCAGAAUGGGGAAUUGUUGUGUCUAGGCCUCAAUGUCAAGCUGGUAGGAACAAAGCUUUGAAGUGGAUUAGUAGUGAAUAUGAUCAGCAGUUUGCAAGACUAAGAUUAUGCAGCCGAGAUAGUAGAUUCAAAUCCGGAAAAACAUGGAAGGAUAGUUGUAGGCCACUAAUAGGACUUGAUGGUUGCUUCCUUAAAGAGAGAAUCAAGGGACAGCUAUUGGUUGCUUUAGGUCGAGAUGCAGACAAUGCCAUUUAUCCAAUAGCCUGGGGUGUUGUAGAGGUGGAAAACAAUGAGAACUGGCAGUGGUUUGUGCAGAAGCUGAAGGUUGAUUUGGAUCUAAAAGAUGGUGACGGGUUCAUUGCUGUUUCAGACCGCCAUAAGGGAUUAGUCAGAGCUAUUAAGAUUGAGUUACCAAAGAUGGAGCAUCGUAAGUGUGUAAGACACAUCUACGGGAAUCUGAAGAAGAAACAUGGGAGCAAAAAACAGAUGAAGCAACACAUAUGGAGGCUAGCUUGGAGUUACAAUGAAGCCAAGUUUCAGGUGAACUUGGACAGGUUAAGAUGCUACAAUACAGGGUUUACAAUGAUGUUAUGGCUACAAGUCCGAGGAGUUGGUGCAGGGCUUUUUACAAGCUAG